CAGCAAGCAAGUAUCGUAACGUAGCUUCUUCUGUUUUUAAUAAAGUCCGCGCACGUGUUUGCGGGCAAUUGUAAUUUGAGGUUCUGUGCUGCUGUCGUUUAACUGGUUCAACUUCCCAAGCUAUUCAAAUAACUUCUCCGAUUCUGUUGUAUUAUUACUCAGGAAUAAGAGCAACGUUCCUAAGUGACAUUGAAAACAGACUACAGAUCAAAGAUGAAACGCAAAGAUCAGGAGAAAACUGAUGUUGAACCCAAAACUAAGAAGAUCAAGAAAAGUGUCGGCUUUUCUGACAAAGUCAAUUCUGAUAAAAUUUCGAAUGUCAAAACAAAGAAGGCAUUGGUAGUUCCUGUAAAAGAUGGAAUCAAAGCACAGAAAGUUAAAUUUCAGAAGCCUACUGCAGCUAAAAAAUCUGAUAAAGGAGACAAAUCCAAGAAAUUUAAUAAGCAAGUAGGAAAGAAUAAAUUAAAGGGAUCAGAUGCUGAUUCAAAAACUAGCAUCACAAAUGCAAGUGAAAAGCCAGAUUGGCUCGAGUUUAAGAAACAAAAAAAAUUGCUCAAAGAAACAAGAAGAGCUAAAAGACUGUCUGAGGCUUACGAUGUAACUGUCAAAGCCAAGAAAAUAGGAGAAAUUUUACGUAGAGCAGAUUGCUCCAAAGAAGAGCGUGAGGAGCACACUGUACAGUUGUUCAAGUUACUUGAAGGUCAAUUUGGUAAGAUUGUCUUCAUGCAUGAUAUGGCCAGAAUUGUUCAAUGGCUACUUAAGUACUGCUCAGCUGAAACUAGGGAAUCAAUUCUUUCGGAAUUAAAAGAUAGUAUAGUUCUCAUGCUACAGUCUAAGUAUGCAAAAAACUGUAUCAAAAUAAUGCUCGAUUAUGGAACAGCCAAAAUUCGAGAAACUAUAAUCAAAGCUUGUAAUGGUCACAUCAUCAAACUAAUAAGCCAUUCUGUAGCCGCACCAAUUGUAGAACUUGCUUAUUCAACCUGGGCAACUGAUAAAGAUAAGCUUUAUUUCAAACAAGAAUUUUAUGGUGACAUGUACAAACAAGCUAAAGACAAUGAAAUUAAAACUCUAUCUGAUGUUUAUAAAUCUUCACCAGACAUGAAAUCAGCAACUUUGUCUGCUGUAAAAAGUAAUUUGGUUAAAAUAUUGAACAAGAAAGUAAUUAAUACUGCACUUGUGCAUUCAGUGUUAUUAGAAUUCUUGAAAAACUGCACAAACGAAGAUAGAGAUGAAAUGAUUGUUAUGUUUAGAAGUUUCAUUGUUGAAUUAUCUCGGACAAAAGAUGGUACUGAAGUAGCAAUAAUUUGCCUAAGACAUGGGACGAAUAAGGAUAAAAAAAUUGCAAUGAAAGCACUGAAAGAUCAAGUUAAAACACUAGCGACAAAUGAGCAUGGUCACAUGGUGUUGUUAGCAUUAUUUGAUUACGUUGACGACACAGUGCUUGUUAAAAAAAUGGUUCUGUCCGAAUUGCAAGAAAACGUAACAGAAAUUGCAUUGCAUGAACAUGGUAGAUCAGUCAUUCUGUAUCUUGUUGCCCGGCGAGACCUUCAUUAUUUUCACCCAAAACUGGUGGAACAACUUAAACAAGGAGAUGAGAAUGCAACGAGUAAAAAAUCAUCAGAAGUUCGGGAAAAAGAACUAUUGGAUGCAGUUAUUACAAAGUUUUUAACCACCGUAGCUACUGAAACAGCAGCUUGGUUAUCAAAUAGUUCUAUUUCAAUGGUAACAUUGGCAAUCUUAAAAGUGGGAGAUGGAGAGUCUCUCAUAAACGCCUACGAAGCUAUUUCAAAUUAUAUAACAGAUCCAGAAUCUAUAAUAACAGAAAACAAAGUUCAUCACAAAGCAAUUGAGUAUUCCGGCCUUCACAUGAUGCUAAAAAAAUUGAUACAGCAUGAUAAGGUCCUUAUGAAGGAAGAGAAACCUACUUUUGGUGAAACAUUAAUUGAAAGAUUAGAGACAGCUGUAAUCAAGCAGUGGGUCGAAUUCAAUAGGGGAUGUUUUAUUCUGAUAACGCUACUUGAAAAUAGCACUCAAUCAAAUUCUGAUCGCUUAAUAGCCAAAUUGAAGCCACUGAUUAAAGUCUUAAAAUCUAAAAAAACACCAGGAGCAUUGAUAUUGCUAAAAAAACUACAAUAAUAUUUUUUCAGUGCAUAUGACAUUACCUGUGUAAAAAUAGUCUUCGUUAAUGACUGUAAAAACUAUGAGAACAGAAAUAUAAAAUUGUAUCAACACAA